AUGGACGAAAAGGUGAUCGACUCCAUUUUCGCGGGCUCUCUGAAGUCCUUGCCCGCGGUCAGUUCCAAGAUCGUCAGGAUCUUCACCAGCUCCACGUUUACAGACACGACGAUGGAAAGGAACACGUUGAUGGCCCAGUGCUACCCAAAGUUAAAGGACUACUGUCGAGAGAAACACGGUUUGGAGUUCCAGGUGGUGGACAUGCGAUGGGGAGUCCGAGACGAGGCCACGGACGAUCACAUGACGACCGAACUCUGCAUGAGGGAGAUCGAAAAUUGCCAGCGCCUCUCCAUGGGCCCGAAUUUCGUGGUCUUCCUCGGGCAAAAGUAUGGAUAUCGACCGAUUCCGACGUACGUCCUGAGCUCGGAGCUGGAGAUGCUGAGGGCCGAGCUAGAGUCUCAGGGGAUGGAUGUCGUGGUUCUGGACACUUGGUAUAAGAAGGACAGCAACGCGGUUCCACCGACCAGCGUUUUGCAGCCCAUCUCGUCGAUCCUGAAGAACUUCAACAACAAGAGGGUCCCGAAGCUGCAGCAGGAGGACCAGGCGAUAUGGUGGGACACGAUGACGAAGAUGCAGAAGUUGUUCCGAAAAGGGGCCCAGUCCCUCUUCAACGCCGGGAAAUUCGACAAGGACACCAUGCAUAAUUACUUCAUGUCGGUGACCGAGAGGGAAGUCAUCAACGGAAUCCUGAACGUGAAGAAUACGAAGAACCAUUGUUUAGCCUACGUGCGCUACAUAAACAACAUAAAUCUGCAGAACCUGAAGAAGGCCAGCUUGUUCGUGGACAUUAUCAACCGGAGUUUGGACAACGAGGCGUCUCGCCUUCUGGCGAACCUCAGGGACGAGAGACUGCCGAAUAAAAUCGAGAGCAUGAAUUUACAAAGGUACACCGUCGAGUGGAUUGGAAGGGAGGGUCUCGAUGCAGAGACUCACGGCGAAUAUCUUCAGCAUUUCGUGAUGCAUUUCUACAGAAAUAUGGUGAAACUGGUUGACCGGGCGAUGAGAAAAGAGGACAGCUCGGCACAGGGGCAAAUUAUUACGGAGAUCUUGCAACACUUGCACGCGUGCAACAAUUCCGUGAAGGUGUUUUACGGGCGCGAGGACACCCUCGAGAAGAUUAAGGACUACAUGCUGGGAGAUAGCGAUAAACCUUUGGUGCUGUAUGGAGAGGGAGGUUGUGGAAAGACCUCUCUACUUGCAAAAAGUGCAGGCCUGAGUUACACGACCUGGCUAGCCACGAAGAAGCCGAUAAACGUUAUUCGGUUCCUCGGAACCACUCCUGACAGCAGUGCCCUGACCCCCACGUUAAUUUCGAUAUGCCAGCAGAUCUCUUACAACUUCCUGUUGCCAUUCGAAGACAUUCCGGACGACCUGGUGCCUCUGACAGCGCACUUCAAGUACCUCUUGACACUGUCAAGUGCAGACCAGCCGAUACUUCUGUUUCUUGACAGCGUCGAUCAGCUGACUGGGGUCCAGGGGAACAAACUGUCCUGGCUGCCGACGAGACUUCCAGCUCAUUGCAAGAUGAUCCUCUCUUGCGCCGCGGAGGACUCUAAUCCUACGAUUUCUCGGGAUUAUCAUUUAUUGAGGAGAAUGAUCGACACGGAGGAGAGUUUCAUCGAAGUUACCGCCCUGGGCGAGGACCUGGCGAUGGAUGUUAUCAGAAUGUGGAUGAAGACGGCGCGCCGUGACCUGAACAAUUAUCAGUGGCGAUUGGUGGCAAACGCGAUAGCGAAGUGUUCCUUGCCGAUCUUCGUGAAGCUCGUCUUCGCGGAGAUCUGCAGAUGGCGAAGCUACACGAAGCCUGUAGAUACGCAUCUGGCGAACACAGUGAUGGACAGUAUAAUGAUGCUUUUCGAGAGGAUCGAGAAACAACAUGGAAGGAUUUUGGUCUUCCACGCGUUGGCAUACAUCACGGCUGCGAAAUCGGGUUUAUCCGAGUCCGAGCUCGAAGAUUUGAUUUCGCUGGAUGAUAAGGUCCUCGACGACGUAUAUCAGUACCACUUGCCGCCUGUCAGGAGGAUACCACCUCUACUUUGGACCAGGAUCAGGAACGAUCUGCCGAAUUAUCUGAGCGAGAGAGAAGCCGACGGCGUUAGCGUGUUAAAUUGGUACCAUCGUCAAUUCCGGGAUACCGCUAAAGAACGAUACUUCAAGAACAUGAACAUGGCAAUGUACUUUCACUCCAUGAUCGCGGAUUAUUACCUCGGGAUUUGGGGUGGAGGGAACCCGAAGCCGUUCAAGUAUACGGAGAUCCAGAGACACCGAUUUAAUCUGACAGACAAAGAAGGCGUAGCCGACAGGAAAGUCCCGGAACAGCCUCUAGCCUUUUACUCUCAAGAGGGAAAGCUCUCGAGAUACAACUUAAGAAAGUUCGGAGAGUUGCCUUUCCAUCUGGUGAGGGCACGCCGAUUCAAGGAUCUUUUCGAGAACGUGCUCUUCAAUUACGAGUGGCUCCACGCGAAAUUGAGUUCCUGCCCCCUGCAAGCCGUGCUUUCGGACUUCGAAGACGCUUGUGCCAACAUGGAGGAUCAAAAUCUCGUUCGAGAACUGAUGUUAGUUGCUGACGCUCUAAGGCUAGGCGGAGCCAUUUUAGGAAACCACCCAAAUAUGUUGGCUCCGCAAUUAGUCGGAAGACUAUUGCCGGAGAUUGGCAAUAAUGUCAAUGUCAGAAUGUUGUUGAGGGCUUGCGACAAAGACGGUGCAAAGGAUUGCGCCCUGCUUCCGUUGUACCAUUGCCUACAUACACCUGGAGGGCCGUUGAAGUAUUCCCUGGAAGGCCACCAAUUUGCAGUUUUUGGAUUCUGCCUGACAACCGACUUUCGAUACGUAGUCUCGAUUUCUAAUCGGUUCAUUACUUGGGAUCUGAGUACCAGUGACAUGACGAGAGAUGUGAAUCCUGGUAUCGAGGGAAUCAUGCAACAACUGGUCCUCAGUCCUGACAAUAGAUACGCCUCGGCCUUUACGAGCAACGACCAAACCGUCGUGCUGAACACUCUGACCAGCGAGUUCGUCAUUAUAAACAAUCCUCUUCCGAACGAGGAAAAUGUUUUCGGGAUUCAUCUGACCAACCAGAACGUCUUCAUCUACGGGAGGAAUGCCUGGUGCAAAUUCGAUCUGCGAGGAAACUCCGUAGGAAAUCACACGACCCCGGAGGACUCUAACCAAUGGCCAAUCAUGUACAUGGAGUAUUCAACUAACGACGAUUGUCGAAUCGUCUUCUGGUCUGGAAGUAUGGAUGAUACGAGAUUAUUAUUACACACUACCUCCAAAUUUCAAUUGUGCUUUUCUUUUCUUCUUCAAAUUUUUAGCGCAAUGGCCCUGAGUAAUGAUAAGAAAACGCUUUUUGCCUGUGCGAAUGACGGUGAUUAUCGGGUGACGAAAUACACGAUAGAUGAGAGCUCCUCGUACUGGGAGAAGAACUUUGAGAUGCCUAGGUCGAAAAAUGACGACGUCGAGUACGUCCUUCAAUUGAAACUGGACCGAGAGGAAGAGGUCCUGUUGGCAACGACAGGGAAUGGAUUUGUAGUCUGGUUUUUAGAGAGCAAAAGCGAUGCGAUGACGCUGAUGCUUCCCCAUGGGGUUCGGAACAUCAGCACCAAAAUGAUGUCCUCGAAUUCCAUCAUGGUCAGCGGCACCAAAAAUUAUGCAGUGGCAGGUGUCAGGAAAAAUCUUUACGUGUGGAGUUUGGAGACGUUCGAGCUGGUGAAGAUUUUGGACGCCCAUUUUGCGAGGAUUAUUCAACUAGAACCAUUGACAAUUGGCAAUUGGAACAGUGUCAUCACUUCGAGCAUCGAUAGGAGUGUCAAAGUGUGGAAUAUUGACAAUAUAUUCGAACAGGUCCACGUGAUUGACAGGCAUGAGCUACCCAUUGAUUCGUUGAGCUUGGCAGAACACUGUAAUCUUGCAGCGACUGUUACCAGAGGUUGCGUCGGUGUUUGGGAUUUGCAAUCUGGUAAAUUGAUAUCGAGACUGGCUGAUAGUCCCUUGGGGGCAAUUGUUACUCAUGCUCGUAUUACACACAAUGGAAAGUACAUCAUUUCGACAGAGUCUGGCAAUGUCUUAAUUUGGAACCGGAUAACUGAGCAAGUUCUGUUUAAAGAGGAGCAACAAGAUGUCAGGCAAUUAUCAUUGAUUUUGGAUACGAACACAUUUAUGGCUGUUUCCAGACCAAACAAUCCCCCAGGAGUUGAAACUGUUCGAGCUACAGCAGUCCUUGUUGUUCGGAGCAUACCUGAUGGUAGAACAAUAUUUACUGCGGAAUAUCAAGUGAAGAGUAGCACCGGGGUACCAUUUCGAGAAGUUGUACCAACAUCCGAUGGUAUGCACUUGGCCGUACCAGCAGCUGACAAGGGUAAUCGAGAUUGUGUAAUGAUCUACGCUGCUCAGACUGGUACACUUAUCAGCAAAAUUCCAAUCAAGAUACCAGGAUUCAAGGAUAUUACCAUGAUCGUCUCAAUGCCAUCACGAGGACAGUGGAUAGGCAUCAUUGGAGCUGAUAAAGGAAGCAUUUUAGAUAUUAAUAAGAAAAAGAUUGUCAGGACAAUACCUAAGUGGAGCGGAAACAUUAGCAAAGAUGGAAAAUAUACCCUUUACGCACCCAGCAGAGGUGGGCUCGACCUCGUGGAACUGAAGAAAGGUACGAUCGUGAAGACGUAUAUUCCAAAAGUGGCAGAAGGUGUAUUUACUGUAAUUUCCAUGUUCAAUCGGACUGACGAAUACGUUCUAUACUACCACAGUGGUCGAAAGACGAUAAGAGUUUUCAGAAUGUCAGAUUGUGAAAUGAUAGCAAACUACAGAGUGCAGGCUGAACUGAGUGCCAUUGAUAGUACGUACGAUGGCAGAAGUAUCGUUCUAGGAACAGUGGAUGGCUGCGUCUCCGUGCUUGCUAUAGCAGAUCCUCAGAAAUCGGAAAUACAAGAAUACCUCGCUAAUCUUCCUUCGCGAGAUGAACAGUGGAAAAAGAAAAUGGAGAAGCAACGAGUGACUACGAAGUUCAAAGCUGCAGCACGGAUCGCGCGCGUUACUCACGACUUAUCGAAUAGCAUUCGUGAGAAAAGUGCGAGUACAGACGGCGUCGGACUUGAAGAAAACGAAUGAGGCAAAAUGAUUUUCUCGAUGUUGCGACGUUGAGUAAUUACCAGGAUUAAUUCCUCAUUUUGACAGUAAUUACCAGAAUUUCCUC